CAGUAUGACAGUUGACAACUUGUCACUUGGUUACAACGUACGGCGACUGAAGUAAUUAUUCUUAAAAUUCGAAAUUUAAAACAGAAUUAAGAACAAUGGCUUCGAGCGAUGCUCCGUCGGAAAUACGAAAUACUGAACAUUGUAACUACCGAUCACCCUUAAGCACUCGAUAUGCAUCCAAAGAAAUGCAGUACAACUUUAGUGAUCAAAAGAAAUUCUCUACAUGGAGAAAAAUGUGGGUUUACUUAGCGAAAGCAGAAAAGGAGCUGGGUCUCGACAUAACGGACGACCAAAUAGCUGAACUCGAAUCGGCUGUUCACGACAUUGACUUUGCUUGCGCCGAGGAACACGAGAAGCAGGUCCGCCAUGACGUCAUGGCACACGUACACACGCUCGCCGAGCGAUGCCCUCGCGCCGCACCCAUCAUACACCUCGGAGCCACCUCGUGCUAUGUUGGCGACAAUACUGACUUGAUCGUCAUAAGAGAUGGCUUGGACUUGCUAUUACCGCGAUUGGCUGCCGUUAUUAGCCGCCUAUCUAAGUUUGCGGAUGAACACAAAUCUAUACCAAUCCUGGGCUUUACCCAUCUGCAGCCGGCUCAGUUGACAACCGUAGGAAAGCGAGCUUCACUAUGGCUUAGUGACCUUCUGAUGGACGAGCGAGCUUUGUCCCGCGCGAGAAACGACCUCCGAUUCCGCGGUACUAAAGGCACUACAGGAACCCAAGCUUCAUUCAUGCAACUAUUUGAUGGUGAUCGUGACAAAGUUAAAGCUCUUGACAAAAGAGUCGCUGAACUUGCUGGAUUCGAUAAGCGAUACAUUGUUACUGGCCAAACAUACUCCAGAAAAGUUGACAUAGAGGUAGUAUCAGCUAUAUCCAGUCUAGGAGCUACAGUGCAUAAAAUGUGCUCUGAUAUACGCAUCCUUGCCUCACUUAAAGAAAUAGAGGAGCCAUUUGAAGCUUUUCAAAUUGGUUCAAGCGCUAUGCCGUAUAAGAGAAACCCAAUGAGAUCGGAACGCUGUUGUUCUCUUGCACGCCAUAUGAUAACACUUUACGCUAAUGUUGCGAACACGCAUGCUGUGCAAUGGAUGGAGCGUACUUUGGAUGACUCAGCAAAUCGCCGUAUAACUCUGGCUGAGGCAUUUUUAACCGCUGAUGCAACUUUGUUAACCUUACUUAAUAUUUGCCAAGGGCUAGUGAUAUACCCUAAAGUAAUAGCUCGUCACAUUGAAGAAGAACUUCCGUUUAUGGCUACAGAAAACAUUAUUAUGGCGAUGGUGCAAGCUGGUGGUGAUCGCCAAAUUUGUCAUGAAAAAAUAAGGGUACUCUCUCAUGAGGCCGGCGCAGUCGUAAAACUGGAAGGAAAGAAUAACGACUUUAUUGACCGUGUCAAGAGUGAUAAAUAUUUUGCACCAAUUAUAAACGAAUUGGAGAAAAUAAUGGACUCAACGACAUUUAUUGGUAGAGCGCCUGAACAAGUAACUGAGUUCCUAGAAGGAGAAGUUGCUCCUGUUCUCAAGAAAUACAAUGACUCAUUGGUUUUAUUGGAAAAGCCAGUGUCCUUAAAUAUUUAAAUUAACUUUCAUAUUUUUUAUCAAUUGACGAUACAAUGUUACUAUUAUUAAUUGAUUAUUAUUCCAAUUAUAUGGAUUUUUCGAGGUCAAAUUUAAAUAAUACGACAUAAUUAAUGAAUAAAUGUUUUAUUUACA